CUCGUAUUGGUCCUAAAAAUUACUCCACACAUAUCCCCCUCUCUCUGUGUUCUGCUCGUGCAAGAACAUCUUCAUUUUUUAGAAAGAAAAAGGAGAAACAAGCGAAUUUUAAAUUUUUUUCUGAAAUCCUAAGGAUUAAUCACACGCGAACAAGAAAAAUAGCAAUGGCAGACCAACUCACCGACGACCAGAUCUCUGAGUUCAAGGAGGCCUUCAGUUUGUUCGACAAGGAUGGCGACGGUUGCAUCACUACCAAGGAGCUUGGGACUGUGAUGAGGUCACUGGGCCAGAACCCAACUGAGGCAGAGCUCCAGGACAUGAUUAAUGAAGUUGAUGCCGAUGGUAAUGGAACCAUUGACUUCCCUGAGUUCCUUAACCUUAUGGCGAGGAAGAUGAAGGACACUGAUUCGGAGGAGGAACUUAAAGAAGCAUUCAGAGUUUUUGACAAGGAUCAGAAUGGGUUCAUCUCUGCUGCCGAGCUGCGCCAUGUGAUGACCAACCUCGGGGAGAAGCUCACCGAUGAUGAAGUUGAUGAGAUGAUCAGGGAGGCUGAUGUUGAUGGUGAUGGCCAGAUAAAUUAUGAGGAGUUUGUCAAGGUGAUGAUGGCCAAGUGAUGAAUCUGCCUCCACCAAAACCCUAAUGAAAAUUAUCUUUAUUUUUAUUUAAGAAAAAAAAAAAAGGACAGGGUUGACUAUUAUUGGACUACUAGUUUUCUUCUCUUAAUUUUCAUUUGAUUGUUUUCAAAUCAAGCUUUACAAGUAGUAUGUUCAGCUGUUGGAAGAAUGUUCAAUGUUCAUCCUUAGUGUCUUGUGACAAAGUGUCUUUGGCAGUUUUAUUUUUCUUUUUUCUUUUUUUCCUUUUUCUGGUCUCUUGAGAACAUGUACUACCGGGAGGCUUCAGUGUUCUAUGUUAAUUGGAUGACUCAUUUUAUCGGCA